AUGCACAACGCAAGCAAUGUUCCACUGCCCACACACGAGUACUGGAUACGGCAGGCCAUGCAAACCCUUCAUGAGAACAUAUCGCCCUGCCCGUUCGAGUACUUCGGCGCAGUCGUUGUGAACCAUACAGCUUCUAGCAGCUUAGGCGAUCUUGUUUGCACUGGCAUCAACACUGUCUCUUCCACCGGCAAUCCCAUCCUGCAUGGCGAGACGGCAGCUCUGAACAACUGUACAGCCAUCUUAACCGACCCAGAGGGUCACUUCAAGCUGUCUCCGGCCGAAGCGUUACUGGCAUAUCGAGAUCUCACGCUCUAUACAACGUCCGAGCCGUGCCCGAUGUGCGCCUCCGCUAUCAGGUUCGCCGGCUUUAAGGAGUGCGUCUACGCCACGAACAUUACGGCGAGGAUGGCGCAUGGCUGGCCUCAUCCGAACCUACUCUGUCAUGAAGUAUUUGAGCGAGUUGGCACCUUGCCGACGCGGACGAGCCUAAUACGCAAUGUCUUGACGAACGAGACCGAUCCAUAUUUGCUCUGGCAGUUUGAUCAGAGCUAUCCAUGUCCGGAUCAGUGUGAGCGAAAUGGCAGUAACGGCCAUUGCGUGCCCAUGGGUUCAUUGGAAUAUGUUCAGGAGCUGAAGAGCGAGCUGUGA